UGCCAUACUACAAAUACUGCCAUACUACUACAGUAAUGUGCCACAGUGAAAACAGGACUUCAGACUGCAGUAAGAGUACACACAGUAUUUAUGUAUUAUUGAGAAUUACCUGUAGUAUAUUUGUGUCCUGCAGUAUCUGUAGUGUUUAAAUAGUAAAAAUACUCGUACGAGUAUUUGUAGUAUUUUACUCUGACGCCCCGCCCCUCGCAGACCUGACGUAAUGACGCAGAGCUUCUCACACACGUCAGGCUGAAGACUCCGGGUCAGUGUGCAGCUCUCCGCUCCGUCAGACGGUCCGUGAGCCCCGCAGACUCCGCAGAGCCCCGCCGCGUCACGCCGCGCCCCGCAGAGCCCCGCCGCGUCACGCCGCGCCCCGCAGAGUCCCGCAGAGUCCCGCCGAGUCCACACACAGAGCUGCGUGACAGAUGACUUCCCGCCACAGGAUGAGUCGUCCUCUCCUCGUCUUCGUCAUCGUCGUCUUAACUUCCUGUCCUAUCUGCGGCGCUCAGGUGAUGUACGGCAGCCUGCAGUCUCCAAACUUCCCAGACCCGUACCCGAGAGAGACCCGGCUCCAGUGGAACCUCAGUGUCCCUGUCGGGUUCAGGAUCAGACUGUACUUCAGCCACUUCGACCUGGAGCCAUCCUACCUGUGCGAGUAUGACUACGUCAAGGUGGAGGCAGAGGAGGACCAGGUUCUGGCCCUGUUCUGUGGUCAGGAGGACACGGACACGGAGGCGGUUCCGGAUCAGCGGAUCAUCGAGUCGCCCAGAAACUCUCUGAAGGUCUCGUUCAGCUCCGACUUCUCCAACGAGGAGAGACACUCUGGGUUCAGGGCUCACUACAGCACUGUGGAUGUAGACGAGUGCAGCGAGCGGACCGAUGACGACCUGCUCUGUGAUCACUUCUGUCACAACUUCAUUGGAGGAUACUACUGCUCCUGUCGCUAUGGUUACCACCUGCACUCUGACAACCACACCUGCACAGUGGAGUGCAGUGAUGGUGUGUUCAGGGAACGCUCAGGUGUUUUCAGCAGCGUGGACUUCCCGUCUCCUUACCCGAAGAGCUCCAACUGUUUGUACCGGAUUGAGCUGGAGCCAGGCUUCAGGCUCCGCCUCCAGUUUGACCCCCAGUUUGAUGUAGAGGACCACCCCGACAUCACCUGCCCCUACGACCACGUCAAGAUCAAAGCCGGUGGCUCAGACUUCGGUCCGUUCUGCGGUGAUCGACCUCCAGCUGAGAUUCAGACUGACAGCAACACAGCCGCCAUUUUCUUCCACAGCGACAACUCAGGAGAGAACCUGGGCUGGAGGAUCACGUACACGGCUACAGGAAGUCAGUGUGCAGUACCUGAAGCUCCGCCCCACGCCCUGCUGAACCCUGUCCAAUCAGAAUACGUCUUCAAAGACCAUGUCCUGGUCACCUGUGAGCCCGGAUACAGACUGUUGAAGGACGGGCAGAAUCUGGAUCAUUACCAGCUGGACUGUCAGUCUGACGGGUCGUGGAGCAGCAGCCCUCCUCGCUGUCACAUGGUGGAUUGUGGGAGUCCGAAGGCGGUCGUCAUGGCUGAUGUGGUGUUUGGUAGUCAUGACAACAGCACAUUGUUUGGAUCAACAGUUCACUACGUCUGCAGGGAGGACGCCUUCCAGCUGAACACCAGCAACAGUUCUUACAGCUGUGGACCGAGUGGAGACUGGAUCAGUUCAGAAUCAGGAAGCAGACUGCCAAGCUGUCUGCCAGCCUGUGGCCGUCCGUCCCGCUCUUUCCCCGCUCAGGUGAAGAGGAUCGUGGGUGGUCGCAGUGCUGAGCCCGGCCUGUUCCCAUGGCAGGUUCUGCUCAGUGUAGAGGAUCUGUCCCGGGUCCCUGAGGACCGCUGGUUCGGCUCAGGGGCCCUGCUGUCCGACUCCUGGGUCCUGACGGCCGCCCACGUCCUAAGGUCCCAGAGGAGGGACACCAGUGUCGUCCCCGUGUCCCCUGAACACGUCAAGGUCUUCCUCGGCCUCCACGAUGCUGCUGACAAACGUCUGGCGAUGAACCGUUCAGUGGAGGAGAUCUUCCUCCAUCCGGACUUCCAACCAAACAACUACAACAACGACAUUGCCCUGCUGAAGCUGACGGAGCGGGUGGAGUUUAAUGAGCUCAUCCAUCCGGUGUGUUUGCCCCCGCCUCACGUUAAGGACGCCCCUCCCACUCCUCUCCCUAACUCACUGGGUGUAGUUGCUGGUUGGGGAAUCUCCAACCUGAACUCCUCCUCCGUGUCUGGUGACCCACUGACCUCUGACCCCGUGGCUGACCUCGGGAUGACCUCUGACCUCCUGCAGUACGUCAAGCUGCCGGUGGUUUCUCAGGACGAGUGUCAGGCGAGCUACACAUCGCGCUCCAUAAGCUACAACAUCACCGACAACAUGUUCUGUGCCGGUUUCUUUGAGGGCGGGCGGGACACGUGUCUCGGGGACAGCGGGGGGGCGUUUGUAAUGGAGGACGGGGUCAGCCAGAGGUGGGUGGUGUUUGGGUUGGUGUCAUGGGGCGGGCCGGAGGAGUGUGGGAGUCAGAGGGUGUACGGGGUCUACACCCGAGUCCCCAAAUACGUGGACUGGAUCCAGGAACAGAUUCAAGCUGCCCCCUGGUGGUGAUCACAUGACCUCUGAUCAGCUGGCAGGAAGUGAUGUAACUACGUACAUUUACUCCAGUACUGUACUUUAAGACAAAUACUUACUUUAUACUCCAAAUAUUAUAAAUAUAGUUUUAAUGGUUCAACAAUUGUACUACGCACUGUGUACUUGUGGAUACAGAGGUUUAACUGAUGAGGCUUUAAAGUCUUGAAACUUUAUA